CGGAGGCCAGCGGCCCCACAAUGCCAGGCGGGGGAGCCCCUCUCUCAGCUACACACCACAGCAUCACCGCCUCGCCUCACUGAAAAGGACACAGAGAGGAGAGAAAUGCAAAGGGAUGUAAGAUGGCAGAGCUACAAAUGCUAUUAGAGGAGGAGAUCCCUGCCGGUAAAAGAGCUCUCGUGGAAAGCUACCAGAACCUGUCCCGGGUCGCGGAAUACUGUGAGAACAAUUAUGUUCAGGCUCAAGACAAGAAGAAGGCCCUGGAGGAGACCAAGGCCUACACCACCCAGUCUCUGGCCAGUGUGGCCUACCAGAUCAAUGCCUUAGCUAACAAUGUGCUGCAGCUGCUGGACAUCCAGGCCUCGCAACUACGACGCAUGGAGUCCUCCAUCAACCACAUCUCCCAGACAGUGGAUAUUCAUAAGGAGAAGGUGGCACGUCGAGAGAUCGGCAUCCUGACCACAAAUAAGAACACCUCUCGCACCCACAAGAUCAUCGCCCCGGGUAACAUGGAGCGGCCGGUGCGCUACAUCAGAAAGCCCAUUGACUACACAUUGCUGGAUGAUGUGGGGCACGGCGUCAAAUGGCUUAAGGCCAAGCAACAUGGGAACAAUGCAGCAGGAAGAGGGGGCACGCUUUCCAGGACCACCCCACCCACACAGAAACCCCCAAGCCCCCCUAUGGCUGGUCGUGGUACCCUGGGGCGUAACACUCCCUACAAGACUCUGGAGCCAGUGAAGCCUCCAGUGGUACCCAAUGACUACAUGACGAGCCCGGCCCGACUGGGCAACCAGCACAGCCCUGCACGCACAGCCUCACUCAACCAGAGGCCCCGGACACACAGUGGCAGCAGUGGUGGAAGUGGCGGCAGGGAGAACAGCGGAGGCAGUGGAGUUGGUAUUCCUUUAGCAGUUCCCACCCCAUCCCCUCCCAGUAUGGGGCAAGUGGCGACAUCCUCAGCCUCAGUGCCACAGGGCCCCGGCUUGGGUCCCAUACCCAUGUCCCAGUUUGGAACCAUCUCCCGCCAGAUCUCCCGCCACAACUCCUCCACCACCUCUUCGGCCUCUAUGGUGUCGGCCACUGGCACCUACCGCCGUGCACCCUCCGUCUCCUCCCAGCAGCCCCACAUCAACGGGGGUCCUGCCUACCCACAGAACUCAGUGUCUGUGGCUCCUCCGCCUCCUCCUCCAAUGGUCCAGCUGACCCCACAGAUCCCUCUGACCGGCUUUGUGGCCAGAAUGCAGGAGAGCAUAACAGACAGCCCCGCCCCGCCUCCUCCGCCUCCCCCAGAGGACAUGGGUGUGUUUGAGGAGCCCUCUCCCCCUCCUCCUCCUCCACCUGUGGACUAUGAGGAAGAGGAGGCCGCAGUGGUUCAUUACAGCGAUCCCUACGCUGACGGAGACCCCCACUGGGCCCCCAAGGUUUAUUUAGAGAAAGUUGUGGCCAUCUAUGACUACAGCAAGGACAAGGAGGAUGAGCUGUCCUUCAUGGAAGGAGCCAUCAUCUACAUAAUCAAGAAAAACGAUGACGGCUGGUUCGAAGGUGUCUGUAACGGCGUCACCGGACUCUUCCCAGGAAACUACGUCGAGUCGAUCAUGCACUAUGCUGACUAAAAAAUUAAAAAAACACCCAGAAUGGCACUGCAGUUUUGAACAGAGGUAAAACCGUGAAGAUGUACAGAUGUGUGCGGUCCAGCAACUGCAGCUCAUACAGCCCCCAUUUUUAAUGAAUUGCCAUGGUGGAUUUACAAAUGGUUUUUCUUUUGGGGGGGCUUGUGCUUGCACGGUUUUGUUAUGCUCAAGAAAAAAAUAAAUAAAAAAAGAUAAAAGUGUCGCACAAAGAAGGAGGGUGCUGAAGCUUCAGACCGGGGUCUGUUAGUUUACACUGUGGACGAAAGGGAGGAGAUAAAGGCCUUUAUGCUGCCGCUGUUACAUCGUGGUGGUUGGGUAGCACUUUUCAAACUAUAACAGUCACAUUUUGCCUCACAAGAAAUUACAGAAUAAUUUCAAAGAAUGCCAAGUAAAUCUAGAUUUAGUGUUAAUUGGUGUAUGUGCAGCCAACAUGUCCAGUAUUUACAGUAUGCAGUAGAUCCAGACAGUGAAGUAUUACUAGGAUUUCAUCAAUAGAUGAGGCAAUGUAGCAUUCUUUAGAUAAAAUGGUGUGCAGACGCUCCUACCCGUUUAUUUGCACUGUAGACCAGCAGACCAACCCUUCCCUCCUUUCAAAAACAUCCAUCUUACCUUAUACAAAAAAAAUUAAAAGGACAAACAGACAUCAACAAGUGCAUUAGGACACGACUGAAUGUUCAAUGCCGUCGAUGUCCGAAUCACAAGAUGUUAAAGGGGGAACAAAAGCAACCUUGAGUUGUGUAUUGACUAUGCUCUGUGUUGGUGGGGAUGUAUGGAAGACCAUUUCCGCCAGAAAAAGACCCUGUGAGUCAUUAUAAUGAGAAACUUUCUCAAAAUAAAGUUAUUGUCUUAAAAAAUGUCUUAAUAUCUCAAAAAAAAUGACUUAGUAUCUUGAAAUUAUGAAGUAGUAUCUCAAAAUACCAAGGUAGUUUUGCAUAAUAAUGACUUUGUAGUGGAAAUGAGAGUCUCAAAAAUAAUGAGGUAGUAUCUCAAAAUAAUGAACUAGUAUCAAAAUAAUGAGGUAGUAUCUCGAAAGUUGAAUUAGUUUCUCAAAAUAAUGAACUAGUAUCAAAAUAAUGAGGUAGUAUCUCAAAAUUACAAAUUAGUAUCUCAAAAUAAUGAGUUGCUUUCUCAAAAUAACAAUGUAGUAUAUCAAAAUAAUAAGUCAGUAUCUCAAAAUAUUAAAUUACUAUCUCAAAAAUAAUGAGGUAGUAUCUCAAAAUAACGAGCUAGUAUCCCAAAAUAAUGAGGCAGUAUCUCAAAAUGAGUAAGUAUCUCAAAAAAAGGAGGAAAUAUCUCAAGCUAACGAGGUAGUAUCUCAAAAUAACGAGGUAGCAUCUCAAAAUAAUGAUGUAGAGUCUCAGAAUAAUUCUUUAGUAUCUCAAAAUAAUGAGUUUGAGUCUCAAGAUAACAAGUUCGUAUUCCAAAUAAUGAAUAAGUAUCUCAAAAUAACAAGGUAGUAUCUCAAAAUGAGGUAAUAUCUCAAAAUAAUAAAUUAGAUUCAAAAUAAUGAGAUAGUAUCUCAAAAUAAUGAGUUAGUAUCUAUAGUAUAGCAAGUUAGCAUUCCAAAUAAUGAAUUAGUAUCUCAAAAUAAUGAGGUAGUAUCUCAAAAUGAGGGAAUAUCUCAAAGACAAUGAGGAUAUAUCUUAUAAUAAGUUGAAUCCCAAAAUAAUGAUUAUCGAGUUAUUAUCUCAAAAAUAUUGAAUUAGUUCCUCAAGAUAAUGAGGAAGUAUCUCAAAAUAACGAGGUAAUAGCUCAAAAAUAAUGAGGUACGAUCUCAAAGAUAAUGAGGUUAUAUCUCAUAAUAAGUUGAAUCCCAAAAUAAUUAAUUAGUAUCUCAAAAUAAUUAAUUAGUCUUUCAAAAUAACAAUGUAGUAUCUCAAAAAUAACAAGUUAGUAUCUCAAAAUGAGAUCGUAUGCUGAGAUAAUAAGUAUCCCAAAAUAAUUAAUUAGUAUCUCAAAAUAAUGAGGUAAUAUUUCAAAAAAUAUAUGAAAACUUUUAAAAAGAGCUUAGCCUCUCAAAGUCAUUGAGAUAUGCAAGUCAUUAUUUUGAGAAAGUUUCUCAUCGUACUGACUGACAGGAUCUUUUUCUUGGAUCACACUGGCAGAAAUGGGCUUCCACAGCUGAUGCUGUUAAAAAGGGUGAACUGAGUGUAUAGAAUGCAUUACAAAAAAAGACAAGUUUCUUCUUUCUGGUGGAGUUUCUUUCUGUUCUCUAACUUGUAUAUAAACUGUAACGUGAGACGCUGCCAGUACAGUACAUUUGUCAGUUAGUGUGUUUCACCUGUGAGUUUCCAUCAGCGUCAGUGGAGGUGAUGCCAAGAUUGGAUGUUUUACAUUUUGUUUCUUUUUUUUACUUGAAUAUUAAUUUUAUCCAUCACUCACAGUGCCAUUUUAACUUUAUCGAGGGCAAAGUGGCCGUGUAUAAACAUUUUUCUAUGUUCAGUCACAACUAUAUCAUUUUGAUCACUAUAUUCAGUGAUGCUGUCCAGCUACUGUAGCAGAGCUUUGAGAUUGCUUCGAGAUGUGAAGCAGAGGAAGGACUAACCUGUAUGUUUCAUGUUGUUUUCCAUUGUGUCGGAAUAGCUGCACUGAUUAGUUAUCAACAACUGUGAUGACUGUGAUGACUUAAUGAUUUCCGUCAUUGCUUUGAUUUUUACACAAGAGUUGUGAUCCAGAAGUGUCAACUAACCUUUACACUUGUUCUUUCAGUGGUUGCUGGUGUGGUGCUUUACAUUGGUGCUCAAUAACCAUAAUCACCAACCCAAACAACCUCAAACCAAGACUGCGCUACAAACUGCAGAAAUGUAACAAGGGAGUUUAGUCUCAUUACUUUGUUCCAGAGGGUGAACAUAUAUCAGAUUCAAUCACCUCUGCAUUUUAGUGAAUGUAGGCAACCCAGUGGUAAUGUACUAAAGCUCGAUUCAGUCUGCUGCUUACAGUAUGUUUUGUCUGUCUACACACAGAUAAACAGUCUGUGCUGCGUAUGAAUGACACCUGCCAACUGCAGUGAAGGAAUGAAUUGCAAUCCUGAGGUCUUAAAAACAGUGCCGAUAUAUGAAGACUUCUCUUCUGAUUUCUACUACUUUUGUAAAAUAAGAUGCCUGUUCUUGCAAAGUGAUUGUUGGUGCAAGUGAUGCCGGGUUCAGACUACACGACAUGUUUGCCCGUCCUGACGAUCACUAUGUCGGAUGAGGUGAUUACAGAGUCAUAAAAUCUUGCCUGGCGUGACAGACUACAAGUUAGUCCACGACCAGUCAUCUUACAUGACGUGUGUGAUGUCUAGUGUUCUUGUCCUAUUAUUACUAGUAGUAUUGCAGCCAUAAAAGCUUUUUUUCCCCCACAGACCGCCAUUGUAAAAGACUUGUCUGUAAAGCUGUUGACAGGACACCUCAAACUACAAACAAGGUCAAGUACGACUCUUUAUAUUCUGAAUUUUUGAGCCAUGCUGGUUUUAUAUUUGUAAAACUUUCCUCAAGCCAAGAAAAGCGAUUUAAAAAUCUGUCGUCAUCACAGUGUAAACUCUAUGAGCCAAGCAGGAACUUGUGGCCCCGGCCAACAGGAGAAUCACUACUGUGCAUAUUCAGUGGGCCAUAUACAACAGAAGGCAGGUGUACGUGCCAGACGAGCAAUUCCAGUGGAAUGAAUAGGUGCCAUCUCAGUGUCUGGUAUUUAGGUAUUAUUAAUAUCUAUGUUUUAGUCACUGUGGCUGUUCAUGUCCCAGCCAAACUGUUUUUGUAGUAACGUAAAAAGUGCCGUCAGAUGACAGGAGCUAUAUUUGAAGUACCGUGCAAGUGACUGAAUUCUCCGCAACAAAUUCCUGCAAGUGUUUCACAAUAAAAGCCUGUUUAGAAAAUGAAGGGAUUCUCUCCACCGAAGGGAUGAGGGGCUUUUAAUUUCAAAUGGAGACAGGAAGUGUUGAGUUUGAAAUGACAGCAUGAUGCGUUAAAUUUAACAGGGCAAACAGGAAGGGAUUAAAAGUAGAAACAUACAGAGGGAAUGAGAAAUAAAGGCCUGUGUCUAAUGAAGUUUCAAAUAAAGUUGGUACCCUCUGUAGUUGUUCUAAGUAAAGUUUUAGACACCAUUUGGGAUUAUUAUGGUGAAUUAGCACUCUUUGCUAGCUUGAUGCUAACUGCAGUACUCAUCAGGUUGCUGAAGUGUCGCUGCUGUUUCAUGCCAGCAUUUUUCCUUUUUUACUCUGUGUGGUAACAUCUCAAGAGGACAUAUCCAAAAGGUUGGGGUAUUGUUGCCUCACAGUUGUCUACAGUGGCACAUCGCUGUGUUCUUAUUGGUCAAAGUGAUGGCUGUGAUGGAAAGAGUCGUGGAAGAAGAAAGAAAAAGAAAAUCAAACAUGCUAGUCUUUCUGUUGGAAUGCUGUGAGGUGUCCCAGACAUGGCGUUGGUUGUUGUCGACUACGACGCACUACACAGGAUAAAACGAUUUAUUAUCGCAAACGUCACUCACUGUCGUUCACGAUCUGAGCUGACACCGAAGGACAGCUGCGUCAGGCUAAAAUCAGGCUGAUAUCCUGUAGUCUGAACCCGGCAUUAAAACCCGCUGUCAGAUACCACUGAAGCUAAUGUUUAUCUCAUAUGCUUGUAACAAGUCACAUAAACAAACAUAAUCAUAUGUACUUUGGGAGUAAUGGGCAUUGAACACAAACUUUUAUUUUGAAAUGACACAGACUUCCUGAUGUUGUGAGGGGGAUUUUAUCCAGCGGUAACAUUUUCAGGUUUCCACACAGAUCAGAAAAGACAACGACUCGGUCAUAUGAACAGUAUUCAUUGUGCAUGAAAGUAUCGUCAUUACAGUGAAUGAUUUGCCACUACAUCCCAUUCUUGAUUGUAUUUUUUCCAUCAUGAGGUAAUUUUUUGUGAGAAAACAACUUUUUCUACCUAGCGUAUUUCUAGCUUUGCAUUCAACUUGUUUUUGUGUGUCGGAGACUGCUGAGGAAGGCUCGCUAGCAGUUUGUACGUAAAGGAUUUAUUUAUACUUUUUUCAGAGAGAAAUCAUGAGACAACCACUGACGUGCAGAACUUUGUAAUGUUUACCACUUAACGUCUAGCAUUUCAGGGCAUCACAGGUCAAGGCGCCUUUCUUUGAUGUGUGUUUUCUUAAUGAGAAACAUGGGGGGGGAAAAAAAAAUCAGUAACUUAAAUGUUCAUGGGAACAGAAUCCAAUAUUUGUCUUCUCCUCUCAGUUUGUACAUAUGAUGUGUUCAUUGAAAUUUAUGUACAGUCUUUUUGUAAUAAACAGCUCAUUGAAACAAUGAA